AUGUCCGAGGAAAAGGAAACACUCCCACACCAACACUCGAGCCGACAGAAGAAGCGCUUCUCUCGCCUACGCUUCUACAUCCUCUUCUUCAUAGCCGUGUAUGCCCUCUCUCACCGCCCAACACCCCUCCCAAUCGCCAAACACACACAGACCGUGCUAACCCACGCCACCUACCAUUCCCGCAGCAUCGCCUUCAUCAACUGGGGCCACAGCAUCACCAAUUACUUCCGCUCCGACCACCAGUCCGACCCCACCGACAACUUUGACAAAGAGCGUUGGUUUCGCCAAUUGGGCUAUGAGCGCUGCCCUCCGCCGCCAUUCGAGGGAACGCUGAGGCCACCGCCGCCGCGUAUGCGGCUGCGGAUGACGCCCGAGCCCACUGUGUACUGCUACCCGCGCACCGGCGGCGUGUUGGUGCUGAAAAACGUGGGGCCCGUGGAUCUAGAGUGGUUGGGGUUUGAUCCUCUUCUCACCGAAGAUGUGGCGAUGCCAAAUGCCAUCAACCCCCGGGGGGAGGGAACGACGCAGGGAGAUGGCAACAGCAGCAGCGCAAGGGGUGAGGAGAUGGGAGGAAGAGAGGAAGAGGGAGAGGAGGAAGCAAUAGUGCGAGGGCAGGAGGUGCUAGCCGCGGCCGACCAAGACGAGGAGGACCCGUUCUGCGAUAGGCUGCGCCUCUUCCUGCCCACCUGGUACCCCCGCGAGGUUGACGCGCUCGCGCCGCGCUGGUGGGAGCACCCCUCGCUCCUGUCUUUCAGUUGCUACUUCUCCAAGUGCUCGCCCGACGGCAACUGCGGCGUCGGCUACAAUGGAGGAUGGUACCCCGAUUACGACGAAGAAGAAGAAGAAGAAUGGAUCUAUGAAGACGACGACGACGACGACGACUACUUCAGGAGGGGCCCGCCCCCGCGCGCCAAGACCAUUGGCUUCUCCACAAAGCACGCUGACGGCAAUGAAACGUCGUCGGAGACAGGAAGCGAAAUGGUCGUGUGGGUGUACUGGGAGGACGUGUUCAAGGACUCCUGCAUUGUGCAUUGGGAAGAUAGGCAGGCGCGGGGGCGGCAUGUGUGGGAGCGGGGCAUCUGCGCAUGGAGGAUUCGCGCGGCGCAGUCGAUGGAGGAGAGGUGUAGGAUUGUGGAAGAGUGUGGGGGUGAGCGGUUUGAGGUGGAAGAGUGGAAGAAGAAGGCGGAGGAGCUGAUGAAGAGGAUGGAGAAAGGAAGAAGAUUGUUGGGAACAGAAUAUUCUUUUCCAUUUGAUUAG